AUGGAUAAUAAUACUACAGUAUCCAUAUCUGCCAUCCAGAUUGGAUUUCCAGAUAUCAGAAAUGUGGCAACCUUCUGUUCAGCAUGUUCAAUUAUAUUCUACAUUAUUACUGUGCUUAUCAAUGUUUUAGUUUUUUCUGUAAUUAUCCUAAAAAAACUCCACGAACCUAUGCAUAUUUUGUUCUGCAACCUGCUAUUAAAUGGAAUAAUUAUCAGUACAACUUUAUUACCUAAAUUAACAGUAGAUAUUUUAUCAGAACUUAAAACAAUUUCUGUAUUAGGCUGCUACUGUCAAAUGUUCUUUAUGCAUGUUUUUGUAUUUACUGAACUAAUGCUUUUAAGUGUUAUGGCAUAUGAUCGUUAUGUUGCAAUAUGUGAUCCUUUGAGAUAUUAUGAAAUUAUGACUCAUGCACAUAUGAACAGACUGAUUGCGACUACAUGGUUGUUUUCGAUUGUUCCAUGUUUUGUAGGAGUUAUUUUAUGUGCAAGACAACCACUAUGCAAUUUUGCUGUAGACAAACCUUACUGCGAUUUUUAUUCUGUAUUAAAAUUGCUGUGCACUGAUCAAUACUUUUAUAACAUGUAUGCAUUAGUGCUAACAUUUCUUAAUAUAUUUCCGAUAUCAAUUAUUAUAUAUUCUUACAUCAACAUAAUUGAGAUCUGCCUACAAAAGUCAAGAAAGUCUUAUUGGAAAGCAUCUCAAACAUGUUUUACACAUUUGCUUAUGUUUAUUAUUUACCUAAUUGGUGUUCUGUUUAUUAUAAUUCAAAACCGCCUUCCCGCAAACAAUAUUCCUCAAGGUGUGCAUGCAUUCCUUUCAUUAGAAUGUUUUAUCCUUCCUCCCCUUGCCAAUCCAGUUAUUUAUGGACUGAGAACAAAACAGAUACGGACUGGAGUAGAAGAGCUAACACGUUUUUUUUUUUCAAGCUAA